AUGCCUCCUCGCUCUCGUGCAAAGUGCCAGAUCUGCGACAAUAUCGAAUCGAAGUACAGCUGCGCAAAGUGCUUGAUUUUGUAUUGUUCAGUGCCAUGCUACAAGAAACAUAAAGCAGCGACGUCUCUAGAGGAACCAUUCCUGCAGGAUGGUCCCCAACUCCGCCCGUUAGCGUCUCUGAAUUGGCCGUAUGUCCCAGAUGAAUCAGCCUAUCCGGACCCACUGAAGCGAGACGAUCCAAAACCACUGCAGCUUCACCAGUAUGAAGCAAUAGCGACUUCGCCUGACAUCCGCAAAACGAUGGCCAUGUACCCGCGAUUGAAGGAGCUCCUGCGGUCUAUUAAUUCCUUGCACGGACAUCAGAGAGAGCACGCAUUGCAGCGAGCUCUUGGCGUGUCGGAUGCCGAUGCGCUCAGCAGAUCAGGGACGGCAUCAGAUGAGAGAUAUGCGGAUGAGGAUCGGAAGGCCCUGAGAGCGUUAGCUGAGGCCGUUGAGGCUGCUGUGCGUGGUGGUCAAAAGCAAGUCUUGGGUUUGGACUGGGGAGAUUGA